AUGAAUACUUAAAAAUGGGGAUGUUGUCUAUCCGAUUGAAGCGAAAUUUUUUGGGUUUAUUGAAAUUUUUAAACAGUAUGAAUUGGUUAAUCAUCUUUUUUAGUUUAAUUAAUUUGUCAAUGUGUAUUUAUGAAGACCAAAUUGGAAAAUUUGAUUGGCGGCAGACGUACGUAGGUCGUAUAAAAUUUUCACAUUUCGAUACAGUAUCAACUGCAAAGAAAAUAAUAGUAGCCACUGAAGAAAAUGUACUAGCUGCCCUUAAUUUGAAGACAGGUCAGGUGGUGUGGCGUCAUGUAUUCGAAAAUGCUAGUCCUGGAGACAUUCAAUUAUUACAUUAUAGUGAUGGCGAAAAGGUGACCACAGUUACAGGAUCCAAUCCAUACCUAGUAAGAGGUUGGGAUCCUGCUACAGGUGUAUUACUAUGGGAGUGGCCAAUAUCUAUCAUAGAUAAUGAGAGAGCCCAUUUAUCAGAAUGGUGGGUGCAAGAUGGUAUGCUUGUACACUUGCUACCAGCAUUUGGCUCGCAUCUAGAGGUUACUAUGUAUAAUUUGAUGACUGGUGCCAACAGAGGAGUUACAUCAAAGUUACCAGCUGUUUGGACUAAUGAUGGGUGUAUAUUAACUCCACCAUACUAUACUUGUAUAUCAGGUAGUAUGGGCAACUACAUGAUUUUAUCAUUAGAUGUUACAUCCAAUGCGGUACAAAUAAUUAGCAAACCACUAUCUAAUUACUUUGGUGAAAAAGAAGUAAUUGAAGGUAAUCUACGCUCACUAGAUGGAAAAAAUGUGCUACCUGGCUUUAUUAUUGACGAUAAAAAAGUAUUAUUGAUCAAGAAUAAUGAAUUUGAGCAAUUAUAUAUAAAGUUAGCAGAAGACAGCACAGUAACACUUGUAGAUGCAAUGAAUGAGCUGACUUUGAUACAAGCUUCAAGCGACGAACACAAGGGCUUUGCAUUGUCAGCAUACAAUAUAGCAACUGGCAAGGAGAUUAUGGAUCUCCGUAUAACUGAACCAUCACUUCAUAUUCCUGAACCAGAAAUACUAGAAGUAGUUUGUAUAAAUACAGCAAGGGAACAGCCGGCUUGCAGGAUACUUAUAAAUGGAGCUGAUGAUGCACUACAUCUUAUGCAACAAGGAGGCCGCAUAAUUUGGUCUCGGGAGGAAGCACUGGCCAACAUAGUGGCUGUUGAAUUUGUCGAUCUACCCGUCUCAGAAACCGAUGCUGCACUGGAGUCGGAAUUUGAUCAAAAAGAAGCCAUCAAGGUGUACAGUUCAGUAUGGGCAGCAUUCGUUCGUCGUCUAUACACGCAGUACCAGCAGUUGCAAACGCUGCUACAGAACUGGCAAGGCGAAGGCCUAGAGGCGGAUUCCCCGACGGCACUCGUUAGAGAUUACUUCAACUUGCAUAAGAUUAUUGUUCUCAUUACUGAUGUUGGAAAGAUAUACGGCAUGGACAAUCUAUCUGGUGAAAUACUCUGGCAUCGCUACGAUGGUAACCUUAACACGGAAUCCGUGGUGAUGUUUACGCGGCGUACGGCGAGGCAUCCACCGCAUGACGCGUACAUCACCAUUAUUGGGAAACACGAGGAAACAGGUAAUGGUUAUAUAAUAAGCCUAAACCCGAUCCGCGGUACAUUAGUGGGCGAAAGGGCGUUACAACUCGACGUGAGGUUGCAGCAAGUUGCCUUACUUCACGUCGCUGACUCGGAGAAACUUUACGCUCUUGUAUUGUUGGACGAAGAUGAAAGUGUACAGGUAUUCCCAGUCUCUGCAGCGCCGUUAGUUCGAGAUCUCUAUAUGUAUGUCGCCGACAGAGAUACAGGCAAAAUGCAGGGAUACACACUCAGAUAUAAUGGCAAGCAAGUUAUAGCCCAACGUACGUGGUCGUUGAACUUGGGCGGGUCUGGUGCACGCAUAGUAACGAUCGCGGGCAAGAGUCGCAACGAACGCGUGCACUCGGCGGGGAAACCUUUGGCUGAUCGGAGUGUAUUGUAUAAGUACUCCAACCCUAAUCUAGUGCUUGUACUGUUGGAGAGGCCUGAUCCAAUACAUAAAGAUGUAGUAACAGCGGUAGCUGUAGAUGGGGCAUGUGGUGCAGUAGUAGCGGCGUCUACGCACCGACGGGCGCGUGCGUUGCCUCUCGCCGUACACGCGGACAACACGAUCGCUUAUUUAUAUAGAAGCGAUAAACAUCGACGAUUGGAGAUUGCCACAAUGGAAUUAUAUGAAGGCAAAGAGCGUUGGCUAUCAGCAGGCACGCACUUUAGUUCGUUUGCCUGCGCGCGCGCACCGAGCGUAGAAAGACAAGCGUAUAUCUUACCAGGUGCCCUCACUGCGUUGGCUUUUACAACUACGGAACGAGCUAUUACGGAUACGCAUCUAUUACUCGCCCUAUCGACGGGGAAAAUAUUGGAGCUUCCCUGGUCGUUUGUGGAGCCCCGUCGACCUCUAUCCCCUACAGGAGAGCAUCGGGAAGAGGGAUUGAUCCCCUAUGCACCCGAAGUGCCCCUGCCCUCUGAAGCCUCAUUGAACUAUAACCAGACAACUCACCGAGUCAGAGCUAUAUACGCGGCCCCAUCGGGGUUGGAGUCUACCAGUUUGGUGCUUGCAACUGGAUUAGAUAUAUUCUACACACGAGUGGCCCCUUCGAAGACAUUCGAUCUCCUCAAGGAUGACUUUGACUAUCACCUAAUAACAAUAGUGUUGGGUGCGCUCAUAGUAGCAUCGUACAGUACUAAAUAUUUCGCUUCUAGGAAAAUGCUUAAACAGGCGUGGAAGUGAUACUUUCGCUCUACGAGGAAUUUGAACUGUUUUAAUAUAGGUUUCUUAAAUAAUUCAAAUCCUUUGGUCGAAAUUUCUAGAUCUUAUCGCUUCUGCUGUAAUAAAAAAAAAUCGAUACAUCUUUUAAAGUGCCGUGAACUUAACUGGUUAACAGUAACUACAAAACAUUGUCUUAUUAUUAAGGAUAGCUAAGUAUUAAAAGCAAUAUUAAACUAUACGGUUAAUAUAUUAUAUAUGAUAAACCUCCACUGCCAAGCUUUCAGUUCAAAUUCCUUUGUGUGUGUGUGUGUGUGUGCAUAGAUUAAGUUAAUAUCGGCCAUAGACAAAAUGGUGCUAAUUCCACAAGACCUUUGUAUGAAACUCUUAACAUCUCUAAGGAUUCCUAAAACUUGCUUAACACCAAUAAAUAAGCUGAAAACUCUCAUAUUAAUCUUAAAAUGAUGAAAAUAGUUUAGAAAAAUAAAUGUUUUAAUUUAAUAAAAAACUAUAGAAAAUCAGAAUUAGCACCAAACGUAAGUAUUACUUGUCUCGAGUUAAUACGACGUGAAUGAAACAGAAUGAUCGUGCAUCUCUUUCUUGUCUAUGGCCUCGGCUGACUCUGCCAAAGAAUAGUACUGAAGAAUUAAUAACGGUGAAUUUGGAAACAGUUAACCAUAAGGUUAUGUAAUAACUAAAACCUUCCGCACAUUAACUGAAAAAUUAUACUAUUACAUACCUAUUUAUAUAAACAAUCAGUUAUCGGGAUUUUAACCAAUUACUAUUUUUGACAUGAGUAAGCCGGAAGAUCUAGUUAGCUGGAAAAUCUUGGUUACCAUAGCAACGCUGUCAUAUCGUUGUUAUGGUAACAAAAUGUAACU